CGCAGCCCUACGUGUAGCACUUCAGCGAUUAGCGACCUCUGACCUCUGCGAGACAGCCAGCGAGUCCACCUCUUCGAAAUGUGACCAAAUGUCCAUCUCUCACGGCUGCCAGGUAACACAACCUGGGGAAAGAGGGUUUUGUGCAACGCAUGGACUUGGCAGCAGAGCUUCUGACUCAGCGCUUGAGCAAAGGAAGGUGGGGCAGAGCUCAGUGCUGAGAGGCCUGGGACUCACGGGUCACGGGUUCGAUACGCUGAAGCGGUAGAGUCAGAGUUAGCCGACUGCGUCGCCAGGUCAAUCCGCGUCAGAAGCUUCAGGCUCACGACCGAAUGCAAACGUGGGCCGUGGCCCUCGGCGAGUCCGCGACGGCUGGAAUCUGAAGAACGUCCCUCCGUCCAGAGGUGGGGAAGGACGUGUCCGGGCCGCAUCCACGCUGUGUUUCCAAGGCCCUCCACUGAGGCGAGGAGAUGUCGCUGAGGUUCGGUGGAAUCUGAGGAAUGCGUCAGAAGGAGGAGUUUGGAGGGACGAAGGACGGGGGAUAUGGACUCUUUGAAGAAGGAGUUAGAGGAGGAGCUGAAGCUGAGCACAGAUGACAUUAGAAGUCAUGCUUGGUACCAUGGGCAUAUCAGCAGAGAGGGGGCAGAGGCCCUGCUGCAGCGGGACGGGGACUUUCUGAUCCGUGAUUCGCGGACCAGUCCAGGCGACUACGUGCUGACGUGUCAAUGGAGGAACGAACCGAUGCACUUCAAGAUCAUCCGUGUAGUUCUGCGGCCAAAGAAGGGCUACUCACGGGAGCUGUUCCAGUUCGAGCAGGACCAGUUUGACAACAUACCGGCGCUGGUUCGGUUCCACGUGGGAGGGCGCCGUCCCGUCUCCGAAGCCUCGGGUGCCAUCAUUUUCCACCCGAUCACACGCACAGUGCCGCUGCGUGUCAUCAGUGAGCAGCAAGCUGCUAGAGAACGCAAAAGUAGCUUCUGCUGGUCAAAACAGGACCAACAAGCACGGCCUGAGAGGAGCAAGAGGUUGAGCUUCAACGCUGGCCAGAUGGACUCCCUUCACAUGAACAGUAACCUGCUAAGGAAUAAGGAGAAGAGCGGCAGUCAUCCCGGCAACCUGGAGAACCUGGGAAGAAGACCGUCGCUGCAGUCUGCGCAGUCCGACAGCAACCUGCGCACAGUGACAUCACCUUCCUGUCAGUCGGAGGAUUCUGGCCCCACCCCUAUUUCCCCAGUGUUCCGCACAGGCAGCGAGCCCAUGCUCAGUCCUCGCAUGGCCCGCCAUGCUCAGGCCUCCCUGCCAGAAGGGGGCGCUGCCUUGCGGGGCUCUGACGGACAGCUGCACUCCCGGGCCCCGCCCAAACCCCAGCGCAUAUCCACCCUGUUCCCUAGAAGCCCUUUGACCCCCCGCCCCGAGGAGGACCCCGCCAGCCUUUAUGACGAGCUGGUGCCCCGCGCUCCCCCCACACCGUCUCGACGCCACGUGGACCAGUUGCGUGCCGAGGAGAAGUGGCAGAGCCGGCUGCGUGUCACGGAGACCAGCUUUGGCUUCCUGGAAAGCGGGCUUGCCCCGACUCUGCCGGAAGGAGGACCGGCAGGAGAGGGUAAUGCGGAGGCCCCCGAGGAGGAAGGCGAACCGCACUUUGUCCGCCCACAGCUGGAGACUUCCUCCUGUUUCCGCCUGGAUCACUUCCACUCCCUGCUGCUGCCGGACAACAACCGGCCGCUGGAGCCCGCAGUGCUGCUGGAGCUGAAGCAGCUCUUUGCCCGCAGCAAUGCCAGGACCACUGCCCUGCACGUGCUCAGUGUGGACUGCCAGGUGGCUCGGAUCACAGGAGUUACAGAAGAGCAGAAGAGGCUCAUGGGAGUCAGUUCAGGCCUAGAGCUCAUCACCCUUCCGCAUGGAUGCCAGCUGAGAAAGGACCUGCUGGAGAGGCACCACCUGCUGGCCCUGGGCGUGGCUGUGGAUAUCCUGGGCUGCACUGGAACCGUGGGCCAACGUGCCGCUGUGCUGCACAAGGUCGUUCAGCUGGCGGAGGAGCUGCGAAACACGGCCCAUGACCUCUACGCCUUCUCUGCUGUCAUGAAGGCCCUGGAGAUGCCGCAGGUGGUGAGACUAGAGAAGACGUGGCGCGCUCUCAGGCGGAAUUACACCGACAGCGCCGUUUCCUUUGAGAAGACGCUCAAGCCGUUCAUGAAAUCUCUGAACGAAGGAGAUGGUGCAGCCGUCUCAGAACCCAUCUCUGUGCCACACUUGCUGCCGCUCCUCAAACUCAUGGAGGGAGAGGAUCCAGGUGAACACACAGGGCAGGGCUGCCAGGUGCUCUUUAACACCCUGCAGUCGGCCCGCGCGGCUGCUCUCAACGCAGCCCAGCAUGAGGCACAUGCCCACAGCCUGCUCACAGCAGGCUGGGAACCAAUCCCUGAGCUUCUGGAAGUCUUCCGUACAGAGUUUGCGCUGCGCCUCUUCUGGGGUCAGUCAGGUGCCAGAGCUGAGCGUCAGGAACGCUACAAGAAGUUUGAAGCCAUACUCAACGUGCUGUCAGACAAACUGGAGUCCAGCCACGACUCUGACCUUUGACCCCCACAUGAGCAGAAUGCUGCAAGGAAGCCCUGCCCCCUUCCAUCAUACCCCACCCACCCUGCUAGACACAGGUCUGUUAUUAGGGAAAACAUAGGACACAAUCUAAAAACAUGGUAAAAAUAUAGCACACUGAGGACACUGAACUUGCUUAGCCUAUUUUUAAAGUAACUUUCUAUUCUACAUAUUUACGUGUAGAUGUGGUGGGAAACGUCUGCCUCACUGCAGCAAGAACAAGUGUUCUUUGCACUGGAACACCCUCUGAACAAGGACUUUUUUGACUAAACCAGGAUCUCCUCACUGAAAGAUGCCUUGUGAUUACAAAGGUCUAAGUACUUGAACAAGUGAGGAGUUUUCAAUGUUGCUGGACUUAAGGGACAAAGAACACAUGUUUUAGACCAUGUGAGGAGAAAAAGCUGGUUGAUGCAUAAGAUGUCCAGUAUGUGCAUUUGUACUCGAGUGUUUGUCACAUACAGUGCCAGUGAGGAGUGGGAGUACACAUGGUGUCACACCACGUUCCUUGGCGAAGAUAGUGUUUUUGGAAAAGACAGCGUUAGGUGCAAGUUGGGCAACAGAUGUUUGGGAUGAUCUGGACAGAAGAGUUUUCAAAAGCAAAGCAAAGCAGCUCAUGUGUGACUAGAAACACCCAGGAAGACAUGGUGACUCAUCUCCUGCUCAAACCAAAUCUCACCUGAAGAAAACUUUCCGGCAAGCAUACUCUCACUACUCACUGGCACUCUGCAUACGUGUUCUGGUAAAUACCUGUUCAAGGCCACAUUCGUUAAUAAA